GCCGAAAGCCAGGUUGAUCAACCAACCUGCAAGCUCGUCUACAACUCCGCUUCUUGAUCAAGAGCUGGCUGAGAAGCAGAAGUGGGCUCAACGGUUGAAGAUGAUAGCCGAGAGGGCCGGCGAUCAUGCGUCGCCCUCAGGUGGGCCGCCAGCUGCAGAGGUGCUCUCGUCCGCGGAAAAGGCUCGUCUUCGGCGUCUGGUUUUCACAUCAGGGGCGCCGAGUACCAUGGCAGGCCAUAUUCGCAGGUAUGAGAAACUUGAGGAUUGGGCGGCUUCGAUCGCUAUGCCGCUCUACCCCAUCUCUGUGGAUAGAAUCCUUAAGUGUACCCUGUACUUGGAUUCCAAGGAAUGUGGCCCCACCGUUCUGCCGUCCCUCCGGACAGCCAUAAAGAUCCUCGCCCUUGAGAAACAGAUCUUUGAUAAGAGGGGCAAGCCGCUCAAGGAGGCACCGGCUUUUCCACUUCCUCCCGUGGUGGCUUUGGAGAUGGCGAUCACUGUGCGCAUCUUCCUCUGGUGCGUCACGUGCGUGAUCAUGGCCUCUCUCAGGUUUGAUGAUGCUGUUCAUGUGAAGCCCAAUGAGCUCGAGAUGAACGAGGAGGGCCUCUUCGGAGUUUCAUGGCAAACAAAAACAGAACGAAAGCGCCGAGGCACCAAGUUCUUGGUCCCCGAUGUUUCUUUUGGUCAUGUUCCGUGGCUUCGCGCUGGCUGGUCUUUGUUCCAAGCUCACUUUGCUGGGGAUCUGGAUAGGGACUUCUGGGUGCCCGAGCUCAACACCCGGGAGGCCUUCACAAGUCACGCCCCAGCCUAUGACAGGUCCCUGCAAUGGCUCGUUCACUGUCUUUGGCGUGUCGGUCAUGAUGCUCAGCUGAACCAGGACAUCCUGACGGCGAUCCCCGCUCUCAAGUGGCACUCAUGUAGAGUGACACUGCUGGAUCAAGCGGUCCGACAGGGACAUCAAGCUCCUAGCAUUGGCCUUCAGGCCAACUGGAAGAAUCCAUGCCCGCUCGUCCAGAAGUACGCUCGCUCGCGGACAGGUGUGUCCGCCAACGUGGUCAAAGACAUUGUGGCGGACUACAAACGACGCCACGAUCCCAAAUGCGUUCUCCCCGACGAUGAGGUCGACGACGGGGAGGACUUCGAGCUCAGCGCGACGGAGUUCUUCACCAAGAAUCCUAAGAAAGGCUCCGCUUAUGAGCGCAAGAUCCAUGUGUGCUCGGCCGAAGACAUGCAGACGAGCGCCUGUGGUCGUGCCCGCGCUGAGGCAGCCGUGGCUCGCAGCUCCCAUCUCUCCUUCGCAUUGCUCGCCAUCAUGGUGGAUCGCACUCUGUACCCCGACGACAAAAUCCCGGAAUUGGCCGUUCGGCAGAUUUUUGGCAGGAAUCGUCUGCCAGAGCCCUUGUGCUUGCUCCUUGCGGACAAUGGUCUCAAUACGGUGGCCACGCUUUCCAUGCUCGGGGACACCGUUGCAGUUGUCAAGACCACCAUGAAGGCGAUCGUCCAACAAGUUCGGACCUUCGCCGGCGGCCCCAGGAGCAUGUCUCGGCUCGACGCGCUCGCAUGGAAGAGGAACCCAGCAAAGUGCCGGAGAUCCCCGGGGGAGCUCUUUGUGGCGGCGCGCCCCGACGUGCUCCUCACUUAUCACAACCACGGGGCUGCCUUCUACGAGGUCGCCGAGAUGCGAACUCGUAACGAGACGAUCGUCCAAACAGCUAGUUUGGCCAAAACAUCGGAGGAUCUCCUGCGAGUGGUCCAAACAGACUCCAAAUCCGCCAUCGCCUCGGAGUCCCAAGUCAUGGACCGUCUUCACGCCUUCUUCGUGGCGCUGGAGUUCCUCAACAUCUGCGAGUUCUCCUUUGCGGCGGGUCCUCUUCGCUACUUGGCUGAGCUCGAAGAGUGGCGUCAUGAGAACCGCGGCUUAGCAGUUCUGCUGUCGGCAGACACCCUCCUCCGGCGCAAGGUCUACAAGCUCAACAACGACAAGCGCAAGGACUACCCCACCUUCUCAGCAGCUCUGCUGCAGGUGCUGGAACACCGUAAGCAGCUCUGGAACGAUGCUCGCUCAGCCGCCGAGUUGGACAAGGACAAAGCAGCUCGGGCCCGUCGCAACAAAGCCAAACGGGACAAGCAGAAGCAGCUCUUCAAGCAGCUCAAAGAGGAGAAAGCAAGUGGAAAAGGCAGGGGCAAAGAUCGCGGUGCCGAAGGACGAGUUAAGCUCCUUGCCCGUGACACGCGCGUGCCUGAAGCGGAGUGGAAGAAGCUCAUGUCGUUCACAUACACAGGUCGCAAGCGUUGCCCCUGGUACAACUGUUCCCUGGGAUGCCGCUUCGGUGACUCAUGCAAAGAUGAUCACUCUUGCGCGCUGGCCCCUCCGCCCGGGGACUUUUCUGCUCCGGCGGAGGGGCCGCCGCCGCCUCAACGGAAUCCACAUGGGAAUGUGUUCUGUGAGUCAGCGGUUGACCUGAUGGACGCCGCCUUCUUCGGCUUCCUCAUCACCCUUCUGCUCGCAGGGGCCGUGUUCUUCUUGCAUCUCGGAACGCCCUGCGGCACCUUCAGCAUUGUUCGUGCACGACAACCAGGGCCAGUGCCACUUCGUUCAAUAGGCCAACCUCUCGGUCUGGAUGGCCUUGAUCCAAGUAAGCAUGACGAUCUUUGGCUUGGCAACCAUCUGCUCUUUCUCUCCAUCGAGCUCAUGGAAGCAGUGUUACAAACGGGAGGAGAUGUCUCUCUCGAGAACCCGGCUGAUAGCAUUAUGUGGCUUGUUCCGCCAGUGAUGGAGCUCAUGGCAAAGUUCGCGCUGCAGUUCGCCUACUUGGAUCAGUGCGAGUUUGGUGCCAACUCCAAGAAGCCCGCACGGUUUCUGAUCUCCCAUGCAGCAUCCGGGCAGGGCAUGCGUACCUGCUCGCGACGCCAUCAGCGCAAGAAGCUGCUCGGUAAGACUUUCUGGCGUGGCCGUUGGGUCUGCUCCACUAAGGCCCACGGCGCCGCUCUUGCGCAAGCAGCAGGCUACCAGCUCAAGAGGGGGGCUGUAAAGCCCCUGCUGGAUUGCGAAGUCGAGCCCGGCGAGGCGAUCGCGUGGGCGCUCAAGGUCGACCGCCCGUUCUCAGUGCCGCCGCCCCUCUCCCAGCAGCUCCUUGACAAAACUCAACUGGUGACGACGCAAGGCGCGGCUCUGAACUCCGCUCGCCGUCGGGAUCUGGACUUCUGGAAACAGCUGGCCGAGCUCCUGCUGCCAUCCACCGCACGAAUGAUCGAUUCGCUUCCUGAUCCUGCUCUUCGUCGUCUCCUUCGUGGACAAGCUGACGGGCGGCCCUGCCAAUUGGGUGUGACUUGCCACGUCGCUCUCUACAAGGCCUUGUUGCUUCGGGCAGGCUCGCUCGACAAAGCUUUGCCUGAGCUCUUGCUGCGUGGUUUCCCGAUCGUGGGACCGAUCUCGCAAUCCGGUCGUUGGCCGACUUAUGAGAAACAGCAGACGGUCCUUUCCAUUGAGCAUGCUCUGGCUCGGGCGGAGGUCUCUGCAUGUGUGGGGGCAGACGACUGGAUCCCGACCCAGAGGUUCGCAGUCGUGCAGAAGAACAAAGUCCGCGGUUGCGAUAGUGCCACCUCCAACCUCAUCAACCAGAUCACACAGAUCGUCGAGAAGCUCCAGCUCCCGGGAACGGACCUGAAUGUAGCGGCUCUUCGCGAACUGCGUUCCCGCUCGGGGGAGGCAAAGCUGCCCAUCUGCUGGCCAGAGUUUUUCAUCCAUGGCUGA